UGCUCACUAUUGCACGUCCUGAUUUUCGCGUUGAUGACUUGAUACGCUGAAACUCUGUGUAAGGCUCGCCGGCUCAGUCAACUCUACCAAAGGUUCUCCUGAAGUACACAGCUACAAUGGGUAAAUCCGAAAAACACAGCGAGAUGCUCCCAGGCUUGUCUCUGGCCUCCAGGACCGUCCAUGCCGAUGGUCACAUUGCUAGUCAUCGAGCUAUCGCCCCUGCGAUGCAUGUGAGCACCACUUUUCGCUAUAGCGAGAACCCAGAUGAGCUGUCAGGCGUUGGCAUUGGCGAAUUCGAGAAUCUCGACCACAAUGCGCCUCGCGAUUCUCAUGUCUACUCUCGAGAAUCGGCACCCAAUACGACCCGUCUCGAGGCCGUUCUAUCCUCUAUCCUAGGCGGACCCAGCGUGACCUACGCCUCCGGCCUGGCUGCCUUCCACGCCAUGCUUGUGCAACUCAACCCCAAGCGCAUUGCCAUUGGCGAGGGGUACCACGGUUGCCAUGGUGUCAUCGACGUCCUCUCGCGUCUGAGUGGCCUCAAGAAACUGCCACUGGACUGCGACCUCUCGGAGCUCGAGGCGGGUGAUGUGAUUCAUAUCGAGACGCCCCUCAACCCCACGGGCGAGGCGAGGAACUUGGCGUACUACGCCGAGAGGGCUCGCAAGGUCGGCGCAUACUUAACCGUCGACGCGACCUUUGGCCCUCCCCCGCUGCAGGACCCCUUUGCCCAAGGCGCGGAUGUAGUGAUGCACAGUGGGACAAAGUACUUUGGUGGUCACUCUGACCUUUUAUGUGGUGUCGUCACCGUCACACCCGACGAGAAGGGGCAAAAGCUCUUUGAGGGCCUGAAGCACGAUCGCCUGAUGCUCGGCUCUGUCAUGGGCAGCCUCGAGGGCUGGCUGGGUUUGCGCUCGCUGCGCACACUGGAGCUUCGCGUCAUGCGCCAAAGUGAGACGGCCACAAAGCUAGUCGCGUGGCUGGCGUCCGAGCUCAGGGACCCGUCCAGUCUUGUCUCCGCCACGGUUGAGAAGGUUCAGCAUGCGAGCGUGCAGCCUGAGGCGUCUGACGAGAACGGCUGGCUGCGAAAGCAGAUGCCCGGUGGCUGGGGCCCCGUCUUCGCCCUCUGGAUGAAGGAUGCGGACAUGGCGCGAUCGCUGCCGAGCAAGCUACACCUGUUCCAGCAUGCCACGAGUCUGGGCGGCGUGGAAAGUCUGCUGGAGUGGCGGGCCAUGUCGGAUCCCCACGUGGACAAGAGGCUGAUGAGAGUGAGCAUUGGUGUUGAGGGGUUUGAGGACCUCAAGGCGGACAUAACCCAAGGACUGGAGGCAUUCAGGGGUUGAGUAAGAGAAAUGCCAUUUUGUUGUAAUAAGAGUUAGAACAAAACAGAUAAAGAAAUAAACUUGAUCAACCAAGAAGCCCUUGCAAGUCGGCGACACGAGUGUCUACUCGAGCUCGUAACUGUUGGGACGCACCAUGCUGCUACAGAGCGAGGUCGAAGAUAUGUACGUUUCGAUGGUUGUGACAACCUGUUGUGACAUUGAUGGCAAGCAUGUGAGAAGGGUCGUCGUUGUCGAUAGGGGUGUUAUGCCAAGGUUUUGUAUCGUUGGACUAGGGGUCCGAGGUAGGGCGACAAAACUCGUGG